AUGUCUAGCCCUGCUGCGAAUCCAAAUUCGCUCAGCUAUCCUCCUCAGGCGUCGGCGUCUUCACAGCCCACAGCCCCUCUUCCAGCCCACCAUGGCUCCAGCACCGCGGAUUCGAGUGCACUCAUGCCAGCAGUGACGCCUGCAACAACCACUAGACAGUCGGUAGCCUUGGGCGCUUUAUCCAACUUCUGGGGAAAUUAUAUCACCCCCACAAUCAACGGUCAGGUUAUCUUGCCCGACAGUGUCGUGUCAACUAUCAUCGCCCACGCGCACUCGACAGAUGCACAAGAACUACCGUCUGACCUCACAGCAAGUACAGGCUCAUUGCACAGUACGACUACCACCUUGACGGACACACUCCCUCCGACACAGUCUGCCGCCAUCCGCGCCCUCAAUGCUCCCGCCUUCCAUUCGUCCACAACUAGAAGCCAACCCGCAAAAUCGGCAUCAAGUCAAACCAGUUUAACAAGUCAGCCAGUUGUGGUACGCACCUACUCAGGGUCGCGCCAUACUUCACGGGCAGGCUCUGGGUUUAAUACCCCUCGAUCCUUCGCCAUGAAUGGGCACAGGGGCGCGUCCGCCUUGUCGUCUAGUCUGGCAGGCAGAAGUGCGCAACUGCCCUCAGUGGAAGACUUCUCGUUUUCUGCAAUCCUACGCGCAGUCGAUCCAGAAAUCAGAGAUGCCAUCGACGCCAUCGCCGAGAUCUGUGCGAGGAGUAGAAUGAGUCUGGCGGAUGAAUACGACGCGCAUCUCCCUCCGCAAGGCGAGAUAACUGGCGCAGGCCCUGGAUGGGUUGCAAGUACAGGAGCAUUGGCCGGGCGGGGUCGUCUGUCACGCCUUAGUCAGGGGUGGACGGCGGCAGACAACACGUUGAUGUCAGUCCCUGAAGCAAGCAGCUCGAGUGAGAGACUGGCGCAAGAGAACAAGACAAACACACAAGAAAGUAGCAAGAACAGGAGCCAAUCUGCAUAUGGUAGCUUGAAGAGCGUCAUCAGUGGCGGGAGCGGAAGGCGAAGAGCGAUCGAUAGCGAUACUUUCCGAGGCCCUGAACUUGACGAUUCAGAACAUAGCGGGGUUCAUCAACAGCAGCCACGACCUUCAUGGGCAGUGCAUGCUUCUGCGCCAUCAUCAGCCCAUCCAGCGAUCACUAUUGUCACUUCACCGACAGCGUCAAAUCAGCUUUCCUUUGACAUGUCCUAUGGCAUGAAUGAGACUAUUGAAGACGGAGCAGAUGCGCACCCCCGGAUAGCUCUCUCACACCAAACACUUUCGUAUCGACAAGGUGCUUCGCAUUUCAGUCCAUCUGCUUCGCGGUCACGAUCAACCAACCUAUCCUCCAUGACUUCAUGGUUACCAUGGCCUCGGCUGUCUGAUCUCAACUCGAGCAGUCAGCAAGAACUUGUCAGAGCAGAAGUGCGUUUGCGAGAUAUGCUGCAGUCUUCCCGGAAUGUCGGAAAGGGCAAGGCAGUAGUACGUGCUGUGUGA